UUCCAUCGUCGCUCUCAACUCAUCCUUCACUCUCCUGCACUUUCGUCCCAGCUGUCGCUUUCAAGUCUAUCGCUCGCCUGGCUCCACCCACCCGUCCAGCAUGAGCUACACUCCCUGUUCUUCCAAAGCAAUCAUCUGAUGCCCGCGUGUUCGCCAUGACCGCCCAGAGUGUUGGCAUCUUCACCAUCGAGUUCCCGGAUCCGUACACCCUUUCGUAUUACAAUGAUAAAUUCGUGACACUCGGGACCAACAUCUCCUUCCAGUACCCCAUUACUAGCAACAUCCAAACCCUCUCCUCAAAAGCGGUCCAAAGUGGGAACGACCCAUAUGGCAUCCUCUACCUGCCCGAUCUACAAUCAGAUGGCUGCAAGCAGUCGGAGGAGAAUCUGGUGCCCAAGAAUGCAACCCGGCUAAGGAACCUGCCUCAAGGGACCGACUACUCUCUCGUUGCACUUGCGCCAUGGUUUGCACCCAACUGUGUCCUCGAAUACUUCGAGGCUGCACGAGCCGCCCCCGUCAAAGCAUUUUUAGUGUACCAACUGGACCAGGGCAAUGCCAUGCCUCCGUUGAUGAACGAUCCGAGCUGGGGCCUUGAUGACGGUGGCAGAUGGAAAAGCGCGAACCAUUUCCCUGUGUAUGCGCUUUCGUCUAUCAGUGGUAGCAUUGUCAUGGACCAAUUGAGCAAAUACUCUGGGAAUUUGACUGAUGCACCACAUGGCCACGACCUGGCAUCGCUCUUCAGGCCAACUGACUACGUCCGUUUAUGGGCAACAAUAAAUACCAAUUCUGGGAACCAGCUCCCCAGUCUUUGGGUUUUCCUCGUCAUCGUGCUAGGCUUACUCAUCGCCAUCAUUGUAACAACAUCAUGCUUCAUGCAUCUCAUCCAACGAAGGCGCCGAAACGACCUUCGCCAUCGCGUCAUCAGCGGCGAGGUAGAUCUUGAGGCCCUUGGUGUUAAGCGACUUACAGUUCCUCGACAGUAUCUAGAGAAGCUACCUUUAUACGCGUACACUGCUGGACCACGAGAUGCUGAUUUAGAAAAGCAGCUACCCCAACAACCUGCUCCAACCCAUAAUCUUCCAUCCCCUACCAUUGAGGCCGAAACCGGCGUAAAAUCCCUACCUGUAAUUCGCCCCUCGUCAGCCCCAAACGCCUCAACCCUGCAAGUUGGUGCCUUACCAGCCUUUUCUCAGCCAACAUGUCCCAUCUGCCUCGAUGAUUUCGAGCCAAAUGAAUCACAGGUACGCGAGUUGCCAUGCCGCCAUAUUUUCCAUCCAGACUGCGUCGAUACUUUCCUACUCAGUAACUCCUCGCUGUGUCCCAUGUGCAAGAAGAGUGUCUUGCCGAGUGGAUAUUGUCCUGCCAAAAUUACAAACGUCAUGGUACGCCGAGAGCGAAUGAUACGCCGCAUGCGGGCGAGGAGCUCAGCGAACAGAGACUCGAAUACCGCGCAGGGGCCAGUAGCGUCUUUGGCCGCCAAUCCAUCUUGGAGAGGAGUGGGAUCGUUAGGAAGCCGUAUUGGAGGAGCAGUCAUGGGUCGGAGGGUCUUUAGUGCUCCAGUCCGGACUCAACCUCGUCCGCCAGAUAUCGAAAUGGCUGGAGCCGGGCCGCCGUCGAUAAGUAAUAACAGUCCCCCGAACCAUGGGCCGGAGAUACUGCCGGUGGCCCGGCCAUCGCCUGGCAUUAGCCAAGGUGGUACUACGGAAGAGUGUUCGCAACAACCCACAACCCCUCGACAGAACCGGAGAGAAUGGGCACGACAGCGAGCGCUAACUCUGCUUGGACAUCAAAGUGUUCCACCUGAAGUCGAGGAAGAAGAAAAUGGUGCUCCGCGAUGGCGGCGGGGACUGCGGAGAGUCUUUCCUGGGUUCAGGUAGCCUUGGAUUUCAGCGUCCACCGAUCCUUAUCUAUCUCUAACCAUGGGUUAUAUCUAUGAGCGUUACGAACCUGGGAAGGCGCACACCCUUUCGAAUUGAUCUUGCAUUGCAUAAUGGGAGGUCAUUUUCACGGCGUUAAGGUUAAUGGAGGAAAUUAAUGAGGCCACACGGCGACACUUAUCUGCUUUUCUCCUUCUAUAUGAGUGUUGUUCUUGCAGAAGGCUGAUUUAAAACGCCGCCUCACCUGUUCCUUAAAUA